AUGCACUAUUCAAGUACUACUAGUGCACGGAGUUAUGGUCUAAAGACAAUGACUGCAAAAGUAGAUCCGGACAUUAACGAUCCUUUAAUGGGGCAACGUAAAGGAUUAGCCCAAGCAGAUGUUGAUGCAAUUAAUAAGCUUUAUUGCCGCCUUCCACAAGCAGACUGUACAGACAACUCCAAUUUUUGUGGGGGUUGGGCUAUACAAGGUUUAUGUUAUUGUGGUAAUACAGCACAGCCAGAUUGUUAUAUGCUUGGAAACUGCCGAAAUUCUUGCAAUUUUUGCAAGUACAUAUUUUUAAUUCUUAAUUUUUAA